CCACACCAUUUAUAUCAGCUCUUUAAGUGCCUAGUCUCUCUCUCUCUCUCUAUCUCUGCAUCUGACUUGCAGUUCCUUAUUUUUAGUACAGACAAAAUUGUGUUAAAACUCUACCAGUCUAUAAUCUCAAAAUUCAACCAGUAGACCUGCUUAUAUUGACACUGGCCUUAAAAUAGCUUCUGGGGAUGCUUCAUUGGGGCUUGGAUUUAAUAUUUUGUAGCAGCAGAUGAGACAGUUAUUGGUAUCAUCACUUGGUUCAAGUCUAAAGCUUCAAUCUUGCUGAGUCUCUCUCAGUUUUUUCAUCCAGAAAACAUGAACUUGGUUCUCCUUAAAAUCAAUGAAAGCACCUUUAUUUCUCCAACCCAGCAACCAUAUUUUCUUUCUCAGCCACCACCGCAACCAAAUCUUGAUACCGAUGGUUUCAACUUGAACACCAAGGUUAGUCCUAGUCUAUUGCUUAUCAUUAUUAUUCUAGCUAUUAUUUUCUUUGUUUCUGGUUUGCUUCACCUCCUAGUGAGAUUUCUUUUAAGACCACGUAAUAGAGAGUACCCUGAUGACUUAGAGAGUGUGACUGCUCUUCAAGGCCAAUUGCAGCAACUCUUUCACCUUCACGAUGCUGGUGUUGACCAGACAUUUAUAGAUGCUCUCCCUGUGUUCCAAUACAAAGCCAUUAUUGGAUUGAAGAACCCUUUUGACUGUGCUGUUUGUUUGUGUGAAUUUGAGCCUGAAGAUCAGCUAAGAUUGUUGCCAAAAUGUAGUCAUGCCUUUCACAUAGAGUGUAUAGACACAUGGCUGUUGUCUCACUCCACUUGCCCUCUCUGUAGAGCAUGCUUGCUUUCUGAUUUCUCUCCAAACAAUACCCGCUCUCCCUUUGUUCUUGUUCUUGAAUCUGGAAGUGAGAGCUCAAGAGAGCUUGUUAAUAACAGAGAGGCUAAUGUUGGCAGAACCAGUUCAGUUUUGACUACACAUUCCAAUCUGGGUUGUCAUGGAGACAUUGAUUUGGGAUCAUCGCGUUUGGAUAUUUCACAUAAGUCAAGUGAAAGUUUGACAAAAGAUGAUUCUGUCCCCAAAAUAGUAGUAGAUUCAGGGGAGAAGGUUGUUCCUGUUAAGCUAGGGAAGUACAGGAAUGUGGAUGUUGGUGAAGGGAGUAGCACAAGUAAUAUUGAUUCAAGAAGGUGCUAUUCUAUGGGGUCGUUUGAGUAUGUAUUGGAUGAGAAUUCUUCAUUGCAAGUACCUAUAACGACUCCAAUGAAGAAACAGUCAAGCAAGAAGACGACUUUGCCUUUAACACCUGGUCACAAGCUAGCAAUGUCUGAAUGUGAUUGUGAAUCAAGAAGAGAAUUUGAUGGCUUUGAAGGUCUUAAGAGUGUUGAAGUUCAUGGGAGUGCUAGUAUUGUUGCUAGCAGUGGCAAAACCAUUGGUAGAAGCGAGAAAGAGAGCUUUUCUAGAUCAAAGAUAUGGCUCAGAGGGAAAAAGGAGAAGCAGAGUUCAACUGGGGAAUCUUCAAGAAGGGCCUUUUCCUUUCGAUUUCCAGUGAAUAAAAAUGUUGUUGCUGAUGAUGAUUUGAAGAUGAGGAAGGGGGAUAGUGAUGUGAGAAGGACUAAUUCUGAAAUAAGCUUUGGCAGGUGGGAAAAUGGAGGUGGUCAAUCGGGUGGUAAUGUGCUGAAUCAGAGUUGUCAUAGAUUGGAAUUGCAAGAAAAAACGCCUUCAUUUGCAAGGAGGACUCUGCUUUGGCUUGUGGGGAGACAAAACAAGGUUGUUCACUCAUCCUUUACACCUAAUGUCUAGCAUUCUUUUGUCAACUUUUCCUGGAUACUUUUUCCUGGGAAAGUAAUCUUCUUUUUCUUCAUUGUGCAAGGCAUAAUUGGAAUAUCUGUAGCUCGAAAAAGAAAGAAGCAAUUAUCCAAAAAUACAAAAUUGAUGCAAUUACACUGCA